AUGGAUGAAGAUCUGGAGGUGAGCAUUUUUACCUAAAAAGUUAUUUAAAAAAAAAUAGCUUUGUCCCAAAAAAAUAAAAAAAAGUUAUAUUUCCAAUAAUAACAGCUUGAAAAAUCCAAAUUUUGACUCUGAAUAAUUUAUUAUAGCUCCAGGACGAUUAUUUUUGCAUUGUAAUCAACCUAAGUUUUUCGUAGAUAAAUUAUCGUCUAGUUGGAUAUGCUAGACAGGAAGACUGGAAAAAAAUGGUUUUAAAAAUCAAAAAAAUAACUUUUUUUCUGGCAAUUAUCCUGAAAAAAAGUAGUCAUUGAAGCUUAAGGGGUUUUUUUCCAUUGAAUUACGCUUUUAAAGUACUUUUUUUAAUCUCAGAAUUACAGAAUAGGAACCCAUUAAAAGUAUGGGAAAAAAAUAAGAAGUUACCUGUGCACCUUGAAAAAGUUGCGAGUUUUACCGUUAGUAUUAAAUAAAAAAAUCCAAUGAAGUUACAUUGUUACGAGGAAUUCAUGAACUUUGCAAGUUUUGCAGAUAAGAAGACGAAAGGAAUAUGCCGAACGAAAGAUCCGCGAACGGCAUAUCGCCCUUCGAAAAGAAGAAGAGGCGAAAAGACGCACGAAUAUGGAAAUCCAUCGCGAUCGGUAAAGAGUAGUUGAGAAAAAGCAAUGGAAAUCUGUUUCAUUUCUGAAUUUCUACAUUAAUUUUCAUGAAAUCAACAUGUUUCUUCCCGUUAUAUCCAUUUUGUACAAAUUUUGGUCAAUUUUUAUUGAAUUUCGGAAUUAUAUUCCAGUUCUCAGUUCAAAUUUUCCACUGAUUUCUUAGGGAAAACUGAAAUAUACACUUCAGUCUUGAGAAUAAUGAACUUUCAGAGUUCAAAAAGAAUUGAGACGAGAGCAGGAAGCUCUACAGCGAAGAAUGCAACAGCUCGAAGCUGAUGCCGCGAGAAAAAAGGUCAUUUUUUGACAAAAUAUUUUGUGAAUAAGAUGUAAUGACAGCUGAGAGGGGAGUUUUUCAGGUGAUCAUGGAGAAACAACACCAAGCGACGUCCAGAACAUCGGCGAGGAACACGAGGUCCCCCAAGGCCUACGCUUUCGGAUCAUCUACACCUCGAGAGCUCUCCUACUUGGACAACUUGCCGAAAAGCGAGAAGGCCUACGACAAGAAGUUGGCGCCGUUGGCCGAAUCUCCCAAAAAUUCGCCGUCUCCGUCGCCGGUUCUUUUUUCAAACUUUUCAUUUUUGGAAAAUCAAAAAAACAAAAAAACUCAAUAUUUUUCAAUUUCUGAGAUUUUUAGAAAAUUGAUAAUGGGUGGAGAAAGGUCAAUACGGGCUUUUGAAAGGUCCAAAAAGGCGGCAUAAUUAACCUGCUGACUAAAUUAUCCACAAAGAAACUCAAAAUGGGUUUUUAGAAGAAAAAAAACCUGAAAAAUUCAAUAUUUCUUGGAAGAGUGGAAAGAGGGAAAAAGGAUCUAUAAAGAAACCCUUAUCCUACCGUUUUAAGAGCAGCUAACAAAAACCUUAGAGGAACCAUCCGAAUUCACCAGGAUUUUUCUAGUUUUCGAAAUUUCAGAUGCGAGAACUGCCCCCCAGAUCGUCGCUUGGCGCCAAUCGGCCGCCCCUCAGAUCCUCGAUGACGUCAUCAAUGUACGUCGCCUCGGCGCCCACAAUGAGAACCAGGCCUGCACCGGUUAUCAUUUUUCGGCGAAAAUCAUCAAAAAUGUUAUAUUUUCAAGGCAAAGCUACCUGAAAACCGCGUGAAAACGGCCUCUCUAAUGACCCAAUCGGUCUACGCGUCGACGCCUUCUCGGCCUAAAACCACAACGGCUUCUGCGGGACUCCCGAGGGCUAAAUUGCCUCCGCGACCUGUUGGUCAGUACUUUAUACUUUGAAAGAAAUAAAUUUAAAGCGUGUCGAGCCAUUCUACGUGCGGCUCAAUUGAGUUUGAAAUAUUAUAAAUAGAAAAAAAAAAAAAAUGAAAUAAUAGAAAUCAGGAAAGGCGGAGGAACACCUCUGAAGUUUUUCUGGAAAAUGUCUGGAAAACGUUUUAUCAUGCAAUUUUUUGUUCUCCUAAAGCCCGUUUUUCGUGAGACUUCUAUGCACCCUCCUUAUCUCGCAAAUUCUCUCUCAUGUUGACGUAAUUUUUUCAUGUUUCUCUGACCUCGCCGGUGAGGGAACAGAGAGACGCAGACACUUGAAAAUUUUCAAGAUGUGACGACCGGACACUAUACCAUUGCUUAACUUUUUUGAGUUUUUUUCCCUUUUUCUCUCUCAAUCAAGUCUUCAAGUUACUAGCAAAAGCAAAAGGUUCAGAAACUGAAACCAUUGAGCGCCCUUUUUAUGCAAAUAUCUUUGAGACUUCCGUCUUUCCAGGAUGGCUGCUCCGAAAGCCUCUUUGUUUUUAAAUUAGGAAGAGUUUUGUGAAAAACCGAUUUCUCAGUUUGAAAAGCCAAUAUAGUCCUUUUUCAGCAGCUUCUGAAGCCAGCAAAGGUCGUCGAUCCGAAAUCAAAAACGAAAAAGAAAAACUGCCAACGCCGCCGCCUCGACGAAGUCUGCCGCCAAAAGCCACGCCCAAAAAUGCUCCCAAAGAAAGAGAAGCUCCAUAUAAGGAAACUGUUGAGAACGUGAAGAUAAUCGAAGAACUCGUGAAGGUUUGUCUUCAGUUUCCUCAGCCAAAAUAAUAGUUUCCUUGAAGGAGGAGAAGAUUGUUGAAGUGGAGAAGGAGCAAGAGGAAGAAGUCUCGGUUCUCGAGAAGGUUCCAGAAGGCGAAUCUGAAUCUUUGGCAGAGAAGCAGGAAGUACUAGUUCAGGAAUCUGAGCCGGAAAAAAUUGAACUCCCGGCUGAAAUCUUCGAACCGGAAGAGGUAUGCUUCUUUGAACUUUAAAAGGGCCAAGAACCUUUUACGAGAACCUUUUUUUUUUUUCAAAAUAAAGAGUUUUUGAAAAUUUAUAAGAAAAAGCGCCUUUUCAUGUGAAAUUUUAAGAGUAAAUCAGAGAUUUGAGACUUUUUUUUCCUAAUUUUUCAAAGUUUCUGUAAGCCACCCUCUCUUUCCAGACUGAAUGAGUUCUGUACAUCGACCAUACGAAAAAAUUCACUGAAUUCGAUUAUUUUUUAGAAAUUUCAGCAGCUUGAUGCUGAAAGAGAAGAAUCGCACGAUGAUGUAGAGAAUGAGGCUGUCGAAGUGAAAGAAAAACAAGAAAGAGCUCCGACUCCCGUUGAAACUCCAGUUGAAGAGGAAAAAAUCGAGACUACCGAGCAGAAAGAUCUGGAGCCUUGUGAUCUCCUGGUAAAGAUAUCAAGCCAACCAAAAAAAAACACGACUGGAUCAGGUCGACUUUGAGACGGCACCUGGGCGAAUCGAGGAAGAACUUUCUGCCGCCGAGCAGAAAUCUGAGAUUCCCGUCGCGAAAGUUCUUGAAGAAGAGGAAAAAGAAGAAGCCGAUCAACCGACUCGUGUCCUCGAAACAAACGUCGAAGCCAUGUUCAAUGGAUUAAUUGAGGAGGUUUUCUUCUUUUCCAAGCAUUUUAGCAUGUUCAGUGUGAUUUUUUUUUAGUUGAAUUGCUUAUUAAUUUGGUUAGAGUUUUUUUAGGGUUCAUGAAAUUUUAGGGCUUUUUUUCAGGAAAGAAAAGAAAAAUGAGAAAAAAACCCAUUUUUAAGUUCAAAUAUUUUUUCUUUUAUUCGAAAUUAUCUAUUUCUUUUUUCUGUUUCGAAAUUCUUUGGAAAAAAUUUACGACCCAAUAUAGAAUAUUAAAAUUUCUUAUUUCUGCUCAGGAAAUUUUUUGUAAAUGUUUGCUUCAUUUUGAGCAGAAAGGUUACCUGUCAAAAUUUUGGGCCAAAACUUUUUGUCAUUUUUUGAGCAAAGAUUCAGAAAAAUCCUGAAAAAGUUUUUUCGAUCGAUCAAAGCCUCAUUUGAGUUCUCAUGAACCUAAAUUUUCGUUUUUUGUUGAAUUUCCCCCUCUUCUUUUUCAGCCAUCCCAUGUUCCUGUACAAAAUGAGCUCACGGAGCUUUUCGGUAACGAUUUUGUCGGUGGACGUGUGCCGGAAAUCGUGACGAAUGGAGUUGAACAGGUAAAGAAGGUGUAACCCGUUCCCCCGAUUACAGAGGAUUUUGUUCGUACGGAUAUUUUUUCGGUUCAAUUCCAGCCUGAAUGUUUUUUAUAAUUCACUCAAUGCUUUAAAAAAAAAUUUAUGAGCUUUUCUCAGAAAUUAUCCGUUUUUUUUUUCCAAAUUUUGAUUAUUAUUCUUUUUGAGCUUUACUAAAAUAAGCUUUUAAAGUUUUUCUUUUUUUGAGAAAGUUUGGUUUCGUGGAAGAACGGAUAAAAAUAUCUGACUGAAAUUUCGAAAUUAAGCGGAAAUCUGAAGAAUUUCAAUAAAAAGUUCUUCUCUUGUAAGUUAGGAAAGCAUUCGAUAUAUUUUAACAUAGUAAAAGGUCUCUGAUUUUUUUUCCUCGUUACCUCAGUUUGGACCUCAUUUUGAGUUUCAACUUCACCCUGGGAACGUUCAGAAUGUGGUGCCAGAAGAGGAGGAGGAGGAGGAGGAAGUGUCGCCGGCGCAGGACUGGCGACGACAGGAGAAGGAGCUCGACGAGACGGACAGCGGCAAGGCGAGUCCCACGGCUUCUGAGAGCUCCACCGAAGGCGCCAUCAUCCAUCCGAGCAGCGUCGCCCGGGCUCUCAACGAAGCUCGUGUUCGUUCUUUGUGUUGUUCUUGAGAUCCUUGUUAUUCUUCCCAAUCUGUGGUUUUUUCGUUACUUUAUUAGUUUUUUGGGAAAGUUGGCCUUUUUUCACCUUGGAAAAGUUUCGAAACCGGUUUGAAACUGUCUAUAUCUCCGGAUAUUUGUUAAGAUGCUCAAAGACAAAGUCAGUGGAAACUUCUAUAAUCGUGUAGAUUUUGGAAAGUUUUUUCAUAGCAGCUUCACAACAGUUUUAUGUCCCUCAUUGCACUUAUCAGUUUACGAAUCGUAAGAUUUCCUCAUUUUCUGUUUUUCAAUUACUGAUAAUUUAUCCCAUUCACGAGGAAAGAGUAUCAUAUUUCGAUGAAUUAAAGAAGGCAGAAGAACUUAGGUGAAUGUAAAAGAAACCCGAUUAUUCAGCACCCAACGAAAGCUGAUAUCGGGACUAAUAGUACAUGUAGUCGAUAGUUAGUUGGAAAAAUAUGUAUUCUGAUGAAGACUUUUUUCUGAACAGUCAAGAAGAUGAGAAUAACUGGUACUUUCUUUGCAGCAGACCAAGGAGCAGCAGGAAAGACUGGAGCGGGAAGCUCGUGAAGCGGAAGAACGACGGGCGCGAGUGGCCGCCAUUUUGGCCAAGUCUCGUGGAAUGGAGAGUGGCGGUCGGAUAUCGCCACCAAGUGGUUGGUUUUCCAAUAAUCCCAGUAGAAUUCCUCUAGCUAAACAUUUUUCGAUUCAAAUUUACAUAAGGAAAAUGAAAGUAAUUUUAAAAAAACUGGAAAAAAAAUAAGAAUUUUUUUCUAGCGUACUCUUUGUAACAGAUCAUCAGAAAGCCUUUUUAAAAUUGAUCACAAAAAGUUUUUCGGUUUUCUGAUGUUCAAGUUUUUUUUUUCCGGUUGAAAUUCGUAAUUUGUCGAAUUGGAAAACUAGGAAUUUUCUAGAUUUCCUUAAAUUGCACUUUUUAGUUUUUCUGAGGCUGUUAUUACUUUACAUAAAACUUUCUAUCAUCAACUUGAACAGUCUGACCUCUCUGCGCUCUCUCUUUUCUCGCCGGCGGAGUCAAAGCAAGAUGAGAAUCUUAAACACGAGAGAGUCGCCGAGAAAAAAAAAGUGGUGCGCAGAAAAAUCAUAUUGUUCAAGUUUAAGACAGAUAGAGCAUACAAGCUUCAAUUGGUCUUUAAAAGUUCGAAAUGUUGUGGUUUGAGGAAGAUGACUUUAUUCGUAUUCUGGAAAUUCCUGAAAAACCGGUCAGAAUUGUCGAAAAAAGGAAAUAUCUUUAAGCUUUUAAUUUGCAAAAAUUUUAUUUUUCAAAGUUUAAAAAUCUUUAAGUUUAAAAAAAUCAUGAAAAGGUAGAAAAAUAAGCUGUUUGGAGCGUCCAAGCCUUUCCUUUGAAAAUCAGAAGUUUAUGCCGGUUGAGACUCAAGAUUUUCCUCUGGUCUAUCAAAAAGUUUUCAGAAAAUCUAAAGAAACGACCUUUCUGUCAGAAUUUAUUCACGAACAAUUAAAGCUCAAGCUUCAGCCUCCGGAUAGGCCAUUUUUGAUCAAUUUUUCUCGCAAACAUUGUAUAUCUGCAACAUUAUUUGUACCUCUUUCUUUCUCCUUUUUUGGAAGAACAAUGUUUAAACGAUGUGAAGUAGGUGGAGAAGCGGCGCCACCAGCGGCACCCGUCGCCAAAGAAACUGAAAGCGUUUCUCAGCCAGAUAGCGGUGAGCACCCAAUUCAAUUGCUCAGCACACACCUGUCGUUCUUUUCCUUUUCUCUCUUUUUUUUGUCUCGAACAGUUCUUGAAGUGUCGCCGAGGGGUUUGUGAAAGGGGAAAAAACAGCUGAGAAGUUUCAACGACUUUGAAAAUAACUAGAGAGAAAAAACAGCCAACCGUCCCGAAAAGCAUAAAAAUUGCGCUUCUUGAAAAAAUUCCUUGUCGGUCUCAAGCUAAAAGCGGAAUAAAAAUGUCUUCACGAGCAAGUCGUUUUUGGUCGGGCGCGUCUAAAAAAAUCUCAUCGCGUAGGCGUUUCACGUGCGCCUGUAGCAGUGAAAGCUAGAAGGAAUAUAAUUUGAAAUUGUAUUUUUUCUAUUGCUUUCUUGUCGGAAACGGCAGGUUACUGAAACAUUCGUUGUGAUACCAUUUCUAGAGUCUGGUAACUGUGGAGUGGAUUGACGUGUAGCGGAUUUUUAAACGGCGUCCGACCUAAAACGACUCGCGCUUUUUCGAUAUCAUUGGCGAAAGUUUCUGAACUUCGACCGCCACGCUUAGAGCCAUUUCAAGCGUGGAUUUUUGAAAUUAGCUGGAUAAAGGGAAUUUCUGGUCACUUGAACAGUUUUCAGUUGUUUCUCUUUCACAAACCGGAUGAUUUGACUUUUUUGUGUCGUUUUUGCAAGGUUUUUUUUUCAAGUGAAGCAAAAAGAACUGCAAAAAUGACCUUAAAAGUAGAUGUGAACAUUUUUGUUGAAACCGCCUUGGUGGAUGUGCUGAUUGUCGUAACUUUGUCCCUUUUCCAACAUUUUUGCGCGAUUAAAGAGUGUUAACAUGUCGAAUCCGAGUGGGGAAAGGUGAAAAGCAAAAUCUGGAUGAUAUGUUGAAGUUUGACUUUCUGAAAAAAACUGAAAUUGAAGAUAGAAUCUCUAUUCGUUUUUCUUUGAGCUUUUCAUGAUCCUAGCGGAAUUCCAAAAAAAAGAAAUCUGAAAUAAUCUAGGCAUGGCCCGGUGAAUGAUGGUGUGUUUCCUGUUCUGUUUUUGUGCCUUGUUUCGUGAAAUUGUGGUUUAUUUUGAGUUUUGGAGGGGGGCGUGGCCUGGUGACCGAUUUAUUGAGUUUAUUUUUUCCAUUGAAAUUUUAGGUUUCCCCUCGUAAUCUUGUGUGAUAUCCGAUUAAUUUCCUAUUUUUUAACCUAAGUGCGAUAACAAUCUAGUGGUUGUUCUAAUCUAAAAUAAUUGAAUUCUUGCUUAACCUUGUCAUAAAAGUUCUGAGAUUACUGUAUAGAUCUCGGUAAUCGUUUUAAGACCUUCUUGAAAUUUCGAAAAAAAAAAUCGAGUUUUGUGACAAUCCAUUCAUUCGCAGUGACUUGGAAGUUCUUGGUUGCGCUUGGAAUGGCUCGAAUAGUCGCGAUUUACAUUCAAUACCUCGGUUCAAUGCUUUUCUGCGCUGAUAAAACCGUUUCGAGUCGGGCGCGUAUUGAUAUAGCCGCGACGCUUCGAGUCAUUCCAAACGGGAUCUCAAAAUUUCAUGUUUCGUCGAGUUGAGUUAGUCUUGCAGUUGUUUGACUUAAUGCUGAGCAAAUAAUUGGUUUUAAAUGACAUCUAAAUUUUCUAUUAAGUUGCUAAUUGGCUUAUCGCUAACGGAAAAUCACUUGGGCCUGGUCCCCUUACAAAAAAAGUUUGUCUGCUUCUAUAGUCCAUUCAUCGCUAGCUUAAAAAAUUGACGUGGAGACGUCUAAUUGUCUCAUUUUCGCAUAAUGUUUCUCUAAUUUUGAUGGAAGCCUGUGAUGAAUGACCUAUUCUGCAACUUACUCAGAAUCUGUUUUUUUAAGUUGGAAAAUCUGAAAAUAAGUUCGAUCAUUCUAUCGUUUGCAGGCAUGAACGCGAACGAUUUGUUGAAACGGCUCGCUUCAACUCACAAUAUUUCGUCGUUGCAGAAGAUUCUGCAACGAAAACAAGGAAGCAACCCUUCUUUGCAGGUUUCUGCGCAGAAUAUAUCCAAAUAUAACUAUUUCUUGACAGGCGGACAAUUCCAAUGCUUCGAGUACAGAAGUUUUGCCUUGAGUGGGUACGGCCCCGCUCAAAAAUACGGGUUAUUUAAUUUGGUGCGUACUUUUUUUCAAAUUUCAAAAUCUAAUAACAUUUUGCAGUUUCAGAUCGUCCUUGCCGUCCAGAAAGCAUUUAUUGUUCUAAUCAUCUUCGUUGCUUUAUUUCCCCCUUCAGUUCAGCUCAUUUUCUUGUCCAAUGGUCCUUAUUGCUUGAAACUUCAUGAUUGCCUUAUUGAUAUAUUAUAUUUGUGAUUUCUAACCCCCCUCCACUGAAUUCGGUAAUUGUGAAUAGUCUCUGUGUUUUUUUAUUCGCAUCGGAGUAAAUAUUGAAGAAAUCUUCGUUUUAUUAUCCAAAAAAAUGUAAAUCAGUCGUAUGUAUGGGAAGACAACGGAAAAAAAUGAAAGUUUUUUUGGAUCGAGAGAUGUGAUUGGGAAGUGUUUAUAUACUCAAACCGAAUGCUCAUCUUUUUUUAUUAAAAAAAAGGUGAAAGAACGUAUUAAAUUAAAAAAAGUUCAUACUAUUUAAGGCCGACUCAACUUUACCAGAAAAACGAAAAAAUACUGACUUUUUUUAUCGAGUUUUUGCUGGUAGCUCAAUUUGAAAAAAACAUAGAAAAAAAGAAAAAAAUUCUGAAAAGUUAAGGAAAUGUUUACUCACGCGAAAAAUGUGUGAGCUGCCGUGUUAAGCGAGUAAAAAAACUUGUUGAUAAUUCAUAAAUUAUUCAUAUGACAUUUCAAUUUGAAAACUCAAACAUAUGGUCUUAAUUUUGGUGAAUAAAACCUUGUCUUUUUCGAUUCAUGAGAAAAUGACACAUUUUUAACCUUAAACCUUACAAAUCCAAAAAAAGUUCUGACGAAAAAUUAACGAUUUCUUCCAGAAGAAUAUUCGCUUUGAAAAGGUUCUUUUCCACCUGCAAGGUUCAGCAAACGGUCUUUAAAUGAUUACCGUCUACAAACUUCCAAAUUAUGAAUGAGCUCGAGCCCCCAAUAGCUCCCAUUUCGGUCAAAAGUCGUUGACCCGAGAAAAAAGCCGUUCGGCUCCUGAAAAAGACAUUGGAGAUCGGAAAAAACGUCAGCCUUCGCCGGCCUGGCUCAUCCCGCGUGCCUUGUCCCACCGGCUCCUGCGACCGAGUACAUUUCCAAUCCUUGCACUUUUGCAGUUUUCGAGUGCACGUGCGAAAUGUUAGAGUUUUGCGUAUCUUUCGCUUCCUAUUUGUUCUCUCAAUAUCAGGUGCUAACAGUGGAAUAAUUCUGUUCCUUUGUAUUUCAAAAAUUGGUAAAGAAAAUCGGAUAAUUUACUAUUCUGUUCAUUUUUCAUCAAUUUAAAUGGUUUCUGAAUGUAUUUCGGAGAAAAAAAUUACAUUUCCUGUGGUUUUUUUAAUAAUGAGAGCUUUGAAUAUUCCCAAAAGAUAUAAAAUAUUUGAAAAUUUGACUACUUUCAUUUAAUGGUUGAGUGAUCUUGAUUUAAAUUUUUUUAUGCAGUUUCUUUCGUUUUUGGUUAUUUGAUAGUUUCAUAUUUAUAAUUUGAAUUAUUUUGGUAGGUGUUUUGUGCUUGUUCUAAUAGAAUAUAAUCUUCUAUGGACGUCGUUUCCCAAGGCGAUUAAAACAGCCUUUUUUUGUUCAUACGAGAACUUUUGUUUUGGUUUUUUCCCCUCUUUUCGGUGGCCUUUUUCCACACAGUAUUCUCUCUACUUUCAAAUAACGAGUGGGGUUCUUUUUUUCUGUUCGAAUCAUUAUAUUUUCUUCUCAUCUCUGUGUUUGUUUUGUUUUGUUUAUUCCCAGCAUCAUGCGCUUCGUUUGAAAUGAAAAAUCAGCAGUUCUACCGUGAAAAACGCUUUUUUCCGUCUUUUUCUCAGUUCUUUUUUUUGAAAGUAAAAAGUUAAUUUUAGAUUGAAUCCUAACGGUUUGUGGCGAUACGAGCGGUUCGGUGAUUUUCUUUCCUUUCGACAGGUUUUUUUUUGAAAGUUAUUAAUAGAAAUUACAGUAUUUUUUUCUUGGUUUCUUAUCUGAGAAAUAAUCUUAUAUUUUUGUUUUUCGAGCGAGAAAUUUGACAUUUAUUUUUGAGAAAAAAACGGGAUUUUUUUGUUCCAUUUCUGAAGUUGAUACCGGAUUUUUUGAUUUUUCUUUGCUGAUGAACGGUAAUUUUUUUCUAAUAAUUCAAUUGUUUCGAAAAUUUCUAGAGAAAAUAUUUCUAAGAUCGGUAUUGAGUUUAUAUUUCUUCCUUUCGAUUCUUUUUUUAUCUGAAUUUGAAGAAAUUUUUGGAAAGCGUUUUUCAAGUUUUUCCUAACUUGUUAAUAUUAUUAUUAUUCCAAAAUUAUCAAUAUUUCCCACAAUAAGGUCUUGGAAUGACUUUCUCAAUGAAAUUUUUUUAUAUUAAAGUAAGAAAUCCUAUUAAAAUUGAUAUCGAAAGCCUGAAAAUUUGAAUGAACCUUCCAGUUUCUUUUUUUUUCGCGUUCAAAGCCGUUUUUCAGAUUUUAAAAGAUGUUUUCUGACCUUUUUAUUAAAUUUUUGUGUUUUUUUUUUGAUUUUAACGCAAUUAUCUGAAAUCUGUGACAUUCAACUUAUCGAAUAAGAAAAAAAUGUUGGGAUUUUUGUUUUUUUCUAGAAAAAGCGACCUUUGAUAUUUUAAUUACCGAAAUAAUUCGCUUGAUAUUUAAUUUGGAUGAUUUUUUGCGAAUUUUAAGUUUUUUCGGUAAUAACAAAAAAAUAAGUUACUGUUUUUUUGAAAUCUUAUGAGAAGACUUUUGAGAAGAAAAAAAGUCUUUCCCACAAAUUCCUUCUCUCAUAAAUUCAGAAAUAUUUUUCUUAUCUCACCUUCCUAAACGAAAAAAAUUCAUUUUUUUCUCUAUCGAUGACGCUAAAAAAAUAUUUUUAUGGAAGAACUUAUUUUUUUCUUCAAUCAUUGACACAAUGUUAAGGCUAAAAAUAGUUGAUUUCAGUUAAGACGAAAAAAAAUUGAAGAUUUUUCUAGUUUGAAUGGAAGAUAGAACUCAUCCUAAAGUCUGAAUCUUAAAGUUUUCUUGAAGUCUAAGAUUUUUUGGUAAUUUUCAUGAAAGAAACCUGUUGGUUGUUAAUCAAAAUGACGAUAGAUAUGAUUUUGAGGCUCGGAAAUGGGUAGUUCCGAGGGAGAACGGACGCAGGCUUCGCGUGAACCGGAAGGCGACGCGGCCAGCGAUUCCGACGGCGACGCCGCUGAAGACGUAAGAUUUUUCAUUUUCUUCCGAUGCUUCUAUACCAUUUUUAAGCGAUUUUCAUAAUUGUGAUCAUUGAUUACGAGAGUACCAUUCGAAAAGCUACGAAAAUAAUUUUUUUCUCGCAACUUUCCUAUGGAGCUUCAUCUUUUUGAAAAUCUAGAAACCGUCUUUUUUCUGCAAACCUAAAUUCCACCAGAGUGUUAUAAAUGACUGUUAGUUUCAGAAAGGCCUAACUCCAUAAAAAGUUUUGAUCAAAAAGGCGUUUUUCGUAUUUUAUAAUUUUACUCUUUGUUUCACCGCUAAGAGUUAAUUAAACAAACUAAAAGAAUGAAAAUCCCUGAAUUAUUUAAUUUUGGAAGAAUUCCCUACGUUUUAAACAUUUUUUCAUAACAGAAAAUCAAAAAUAUAUUUUAUAUGUUCGGAGAAAUGAGCACUGUAAACCCGAAAACAAGAUCUCUUUUUUGAAAUAUUUCGAAAAAAAAGGCCUAAAAAAUUUUUGCGCCUUUUCAGUACUUUUGAAUGCAUUUUUUCUGAAAAAGGUCUCGGGAAAAAAACGCAUUUUUUUAUUUCAUCUAAGGUUUUUUUGAGAUUCUUCGAGAAAAAGUUAUUUUUUUACAUUUUAUGGAGAAGAAAAAUGAAGGAAGCACUGAAAUAAUUGUUAUAUAAUUCCUUUUUUUGUAAUUUUUUUAAAUUUCUGUAGAUUUCUUUCAAGCUGCACUUGCUUCGUAAAAAAAAUACUUAUUUGCGUAAAUAAUAUUUUUUUCUUUGCGACACUAAAAAGAAAUUAUUACAUUCUUAUGCUAUAUUCAUAAAUCAAAAAAAGGUUUUUUUACAUUUUAUGGAAAAGAAAAACUGACCGAAAAUGUUUGACUGUGGCCUGGAGACAUAGCGGAAUGAACACAGAAUGGCGGAGAAAAUGUCUUUUUUCUUAUUUUCCACCCUUUUUCAUAAUUUGAUUCGCAGUGAGAAUGGGAAUGUUUCGAAAAAGCUUUCAAAAAUUUUAGAUAUCGUGAGAAAAUUUUCCCAUUUUUUCCGUCAGUUUCUUCUUUUUCUUUCACGGCUUUCAUAGUGAUACGAUUUCUUUCCCUUCUUUCUUUUUCUUUCUUUUUUUAUUUUUAUUUUUACAACAAUUUUUGAGUUUUUAUAUUUAAAUUUUACAAGGUAGGAAGGAAAUUUUUUUAAUAGUUUUCUGUUUAAGUUUUUUUCUUUCCUUUCAGAGAUUAGUUGAAGAAUUAGGAAGGUGUUAAGUUUUUUUAUUUAAUUCAUUUAAAUUCCAAAUUUAUUUCGUACUCUUCCCAUCCAUCAUUUGAAGCAUGAUUUGAUGAAUUUUUUUAAUGAAUUUAUUAAAAAAAUGAAUAAUCUGAAAUUUUUUUCUCGGCCUAUUAAAAAAAGUAUUUUUUUGCGAGGACAGUUUUUCGUUUCUUUUUAUUUUUCUUAUUCUCAUAUUUUUGAAUUUUUCCUGCGAAAUUCGACUUUUUUUAACUUGAAGAAAAAAAGUGAGAUCUCUUCUCUCAAUACGCCUUUUCGAAACUUUUUUGAAGGACGAAGAAAAAUGGAAUUAUAAAAGAGGAUAGCUGAGAUUAACCGUGUUCACUGUUUCGAAUUUGCUUUUAAAUGAUUACAAAGUUUCAAAACUAAUUAAUGGUUAUCCGAUUUCUCUAAAGAAUUGACUUUUAAUCUUUUGUUCAAAGAUAUCAAAGAAAAGAUUAUAAGUACAGAAGCUCAAUAGAUUUUCUGACAAAUUUUGAAAUUGGUGAGGAAAGUUUGGGUUUAUUUUCAAAAUCAGAAAUUGGAUCAAGUAUAAAAAGAGUCUCCGGAGAUGGAGCCAAUAAUAGUUUCAAAACAGAUCUAAUCGAUUUCAAAUAACUUUGAAAGAGGUGAAGAAAUAUAUUUAGAUGUUAGAAAGGUCAAAAAGGGAGACCAUUAAUGAUCGUAAAAAGCUCUAGUCGAUUUUUCUAUAGAAUCUCGAGAGUGAUAAAGAAAUGAUGAACUUUUUUUAUUAGUUUAAAGUUUGAGAUAUUAAGAGAGUCUACAGGUAAAAGAACCAUUCAUAAAAACCGAUCUGAUCGAUUUUCUAGAGAGUUUUGGAACUGAUGAAGUUUUUUUAUAAGUAUAAUGUUUGAGAUAUUAAAAGAUUCUGCUGAAAUAGGGCCAAUAAUGCUUGUAAAACAGCUCUAGUCAAUUUUUUUUUUACGAAAUUUCGGAUUUGAUGAAUAGAAUAUGAUUUUUUAUAAGUUGAUAGUUCCAGAAAUUAGGAGAAUAUCCGGAAAAAGUGACAUUAAUGAUGUAAAACAGCUCUAGUUGGUUUUCUACAGAAUUUCUGGACGGAUGAAGAGAAGAUGAACUUUACAUCAGUUCAAUGUUUCAGAUAUUAGAGGAGUCUCCGGAUAAACGGUGGUCGAAACGUCGGGAACAAGUCAAACAGCGCGACGUCCCCGGAAUCGACGUCGCCUACUUGGCGAUGGAUAAUGAAACUGGUCAUUUUUUGCUUCUCCGUCAUUUUGAUAGUUCCAAAAGGAGUGAAAUCGAUUUUUCUCGCUAUACCAUGAUUAUCAGUACAAAAAGAUGAGAAUAGGAAAAGAUUGAAAAAUCCGAGCUUUCCAGUUAUUAGAAGAAAAAAAUCUUUUGCAGAAAAUUUUGCAUUAUUGAUUUUUUUUUAAUUUAUCAAACAAUAUUUUUAAUUUUCAUGAAAAAGCUCUGUUUUUUGCUCUUUUCUAGGAAAGUUUUGAUAAGCAAGCCGGAGAUUUUAUUGAGAAAAAAGAAGACUUUUAAAUCGAGUUAGAAAAAAAGCACGAUGAGUUUUUCAAAUUUGGCCGUUUCCGAUGAAAGAAGUUGUUCAAAAAAAUAAAUAAAUGAAAUCUAGAUCUUGAUUUUUUUAGAUCGGAAUUUUUAUUCCAUAUUUUUGGACCAACAUUUUUUUCCUUUAUUUCCGACUUAUUUAUGGAGUUUCUUGUAAGGAAUUAUCUGUUCAAAACUCGACUAUUGAACUUAAAAAUGUUUAUUAUUGUUGUAAUUUUUUUCUGAUAUUUUAUUUGAGUCUUUGAAUCGAAUCAUUGGAAACAUACAUCAAAAUUUAAUGAAAUGAUAAAUCUAAACGUUUUUUUAUAUUGAAGAUUGAUUGAGUUUUCCAGGAAACGAAGUUGUCUGGAACGAGGUCCAAUUUUCCGAAAGGAAAAACUUUCGGGAACAAGAGGUAAUUUCAGAAGCUUUUAAUCCUUGCAAUAGAACUUUCUUUUCGAUUUUUAACAAAUUUUUUGGCUCUUUUGAUUUGAAACCAUAAGCUCAUUUUUUCCAGGAGAAGAUCAACGCCGUGUUCGACAAUCUAACGCAACUCGUCCACACGAAUCUCGUCAAAUUCCACAAAUAUUGGACCGACGCCAAGUCCGAGAAGCCUAGGGUAAUUUUUUUCCCAUUUUGUCAACGAUAUCUUGAAAUUUCUCCAAAAAAAGAUUUUUUUAAAAAUUUUUUAUCAAGUCUCAAGCUGAUAUUAACAUUUUUCGAUAUCAGAUAAUUUUUUUGAGGAAUUUGAAGGAUCAUUCGUCUUUAGUCCAUUUAUGUACAAGAAUUUCACAUUUUCCUACAAGUCUGACUUUUUUUCUUCCAAAUUUUUCAGUUUUUAAUCUUUUUCGAAGCGAGUUUUUGAAAAACUAUAAAUUUGAAUUUCCAAAGGAUUUUUUUAGCUUUAAAUCUCUUCUUCAGAGUUUUUUUCGUUUUUCGAAUAAUUUUUAUCCAGGAAAAUCUUCGAGCAAAAAAAUUAGAUAAUCAAGAAAAAAACCGAACUUUUUUUCAAAGUUGAUCUUUUUUUAGAGUUAAUCCUUUUUUUGAGUUUGAAUGGGAAGAGAAUGUCAAAAAGUAAUUUUUUUAAAAAUUUUUUUAAAUCAAAACGAUAUCUUAUAGUUCCUCUUAGCGGUUUUUCUAUUAGCCAUUUUUUUCAAACGUUUCAAUCUUUCCAGACUCGAAUGCUGAACCUCCAUCUCUCAGAAAUAUUUUUUUGAAUUCCAGAUUAUUUUCAUCACGGAGUACAUGUCUUCGGGAUCAAUGUCGGCGUUUCUGCAACGGACACGGAAGGCCGGAUCGCCUUUGAGCAUCAAGGUUCGAACAGAUCAAGCAGAACAAAAUGAGGAAGCUUUGUGAAGAAGAAAAAAAGUUUUUCCAAGUUCAGAAAAAAAGCUUCGUUCCCAGGAUUAUUCAAGUUUCUCCUACUAUUAAAAAAAUGAUAUAUUGCUUCAAUUUCAGAUUUAGUAACCUAAUUCGAAAGUUUCCUGUUGAAUUAGUUACUUUUUGUUUUUUUGUAAAAAGCCAUCAGAUUUUUAGAAUAAUCUCACUUUUUUUAUAUUUCUCCGAUUUUUCUCUCACUGAAAAUGUAAAAGUUUAACUAUAUUAACCUAACUCGGAACUUUUUCUCCUAACUUAGCUUCUAUUUUUUUGUUUGAGUUUAAUUUUAUCACUUUUUUUCGGAUUCGUCAAAAAAAUUAAAAACCAUUUUUUUGCCUUUUUUUCAAAGUUUUUAUUGUUCCGUGUUUAAAGCGAUUUUUCAAGUCGGAAUUUGUCAAUUUUUCCACUAGCGAGAAGUUUUUUUGAGGUUUUUUUAAGAGAUUAAAUUUGAUUUCUUUUCAUUUUCGAAACUUCACAUUUGAGAGUCAUUUUUUUGGUGCAUCGAACAGAGAAAGUGUCCAAAAAAAGAUUAGUUUAUAAGAUAAAACGUUUUUUUGAUGAGUAAAAUUAAGAAAUCAUUUAACGGAAGUUCACUUUUUUUGAAUUUUUUUCUACAAAAUUUGAAGAUAUUUCGAAAAUGGCUCAAAAAAAUCGGAGAAAGUCCAUUUUUUUCUAGCACGUUAUCAUACGAGGUAUUUCACAAGUCCCAAUUUCUUUAAAUUUCAUCAAAAAAAAAUUUUUAAUUUAGGCGUGGAAGAAGUGGACGACGCAAAUUCUGUCGGCGCUGAAUUAUUUGCAUUCUUCGGAUCCCCCAACGACCCACGGAAAUUUGACCUGCAACACGGUUUUUAUCCAACAAAAUGGUCUCAUCAAGAUCGGCUGUGGUUCGUUUUUUAUCGAUUUUUUCCUUCAAAAAUUAUCCGGAAUGAUUUUUUUCGUGCAGUGGUUUACACUUCUAUCGAUGCCGUGGUAUUGCCUGAAAACAGUGAUUUUUGAAUAUUAUGUAGUCCUUUUCAGAUUUGAAAAUGAUUCUUGUUCGAUUUUUGUAAAGUUAGGAAAUUGUAAUUUGAAUUUAAAAUAGAAAACAGUCAGGAAAAAGUUUCCUUUACUACAAACAUGGAAAAUAUCCGAUUUCAAAAAGAAAUACCCAUCACAAAAUUUGGAAAAAAAAAUAGUCAAUUUCCAAAAUUUUGGAAGGUUUUUGUUCAACUUUUAAUAAACCUAAUUGAAAUGAGCAGCUAACUUUUUCAAAGAUGGUAAUCGUAUACAAUAUCCGAUCUAAAUUAGCCUGGUAACAUGUGGAAUGGCCUAACGCGCCGAGGCCAAUUUUAUUUUGCGCCCGACCAGAAAGCGGCUUUCGCUUGUUGACAUUUGAAGAGUUGACUUUAAUUCAAGAAAACGGCAAUCAGACUGCGAAACGUUGAGCCAUUCCACAUGCGAUUUUUCCAGAAUGGAAUAAGGGAAAUGAAAUAGAAAAUCGUCUUUUUUUCUCAUUCAGGAAAGGAAUUUUCUGUUUUAUAGAGGCCUUUCUUAGUCUCAAAAUAGGAAAAUCAGGGAAAAUUUCGAGGAAAUCUCAACUUUGCCAUAAUCUGAUCGAAAAGAAUGAAGCGGGAUUCUGUCUUUUCGCAAUUCAGGUAUCUACAUGUGUAAGGAUGCGACUGGUCACAGUCUCCUUGGUGGGUACCGAAAAAUGUUCCUUUUUUCUCUCAAACUAUUCCAAAUGUCCGGUUCAAGUUAAUUCUUCCCUCCCUUGUCGCCGUGAAGUCCAUUUUCCUUUUUGGGUUCUUUUUCUUGCUGUGUUCGCUUAGCUUUUUUCGUUUUUUAACCAGUUUUUGAAGCUUUUUUAAGUUGCCAGUCCGUUCAGUUUUUUGUUUGCUUGAAAAAAGUGUAAGAGCUUUGAAAUUCAAAUAUACGUUUUUAAUACGGAAAAUUUGGGUAUGAAAUGUAGAUUUUUCCGUUGGUUUCGUUCCUACUAACUAUGGGAAUUUUUUUCAGAAAAGGAAAAGUUCAUCAAAAAAACUGCUCGAAAUAUUUGAAAUUUUUUCUCUUUUUCUCGAGAAUUCAUGAAAAAAAUUUUUCUGUUUAAAACUUCGUGGGCUCUGAGAACGUUAAUUUCACGAUUCUUUUGAUUUUCCUUUUUUCGAUUUCUCUAAAAAUUAAAAUAUUCAUUAGUGUUGGACUAAUCUAAAUAAUUAUUUUUACGAAAAAUCAGGGUUUUCCCGACUACAAGUAUUUAGUUUCCGUUUGAAAUUAUCAGUUGGAUGCUUUCCAAUUUUUUUCAAAGAGCCUUUACUUUUUUUAAAUUUUAAAGGCACUAGGGUCGUCCAAAAAGAAAAUUUCAUCUAACGAACAUUUUUUUAAAUAACCGAAAUAAUUCUUAUCGUUCCAACCGGGAUGUUUUUUUCGACAUAACUUAUCUUUUUUUUUUUUUCAAUUAUUGAUCUUGAAAACAAUACUUUCUGAAUUGAACUUUUGAAGAUUGAACUUUUGAAGAUUGAACUUUAACCUAACUUUUUAAAACCAAACCUUGUAGAAUUUAAUUUCAGAUCUAACUUUUUCGAAACAAGCUUGAAAUUUUGAAGUUUGCUAAAUAUUGGAGCGAUUUGUUGAAAUGCAAAUUGUGGGAUCCCUCUUGGAAAAGCAUGGGUUUUUUGAAGAUUUUCUCUUGAUUCGCGUUUGUCGACCCCUUGGCGCACUUCCUCCGGGAUCAGUGAUCUGCUGGACUUAUCAGCGCCGGUGGCGGCUGGCACCUCGGAGAGGGAGUCUUGGCCAAGGCGGAAAUAAAGUCAACUCUUUAGUCGGACGGCAAACCUAUCCGCAUUUUGGGGUUAACUUUUCCUUUUUCCUGUGUCUCGUGUGUGUUGGCUGGCGUCGUGUUUGCCGGCGUUCCAAGACGUACCUGGUGCGCCGAAACUCCGACCGUUUCCUCUUUAAACGGCGGCUUAUCGCCACGGCCCGAGCCCCCCUGGCCCCCCACCACCAGCCGCACUUUUAUGUUUACUCGGGAUUUGAGACGAGCCCAAAGGUUGAGCUAACUAAUCAGUUUGUUUGUGUCCGCUUGACGAAUGAGCCCUGGCCAGCUUUUUCAGUUCGAUCUCAAGGUCAAGCCGGAAUGCAUGGAAGCUUUUGGAAGUAAUUAGCAUGAAACUGUGAAGGAAGACUUCUUUCAAGGUCUCAUGGAAAGAUGAGGUCGAGGGAUCACAAAACUAAGCUUUUUUUUUAAAUUUCGAAGAAAGGGCUGUUUGAACGGGGAAUGACUGCCGUAGAGCGUGUUUACGCGAGGAAUGAGAAAAACAUUUAUCGAAAAAUCCGUUGAAAGCCAGGUUUAUUCCGCCAAUUUCGGACUCCUCAAAAAAGCUUUUACCAAAAAUUUAGCUUAGGAAUACCCUCAGAAAAGCUUUUAGUGGAAAAAAAAGGCUUGGAAAUGUGACCGUAAAGCUUUUCCUCUCUAAAUCUUUUUUUUUCAUAUAGAAGAAUAAGAACUCCUCAUCUGAAUAUGAAACUGUACUCUAGACAAGACAGGGUUUUCAGACCCAACAAACUAAUUACCAAAGAGAGGCGGACAAGAUCCACGGAGACUCUAAAAACAUUCAUUUCUAGGAUGGUCGUUCUGAAAACUUUUCCAGAAUUUUUCCUGACCCUUAUUUAUGAAUCAAACAAUCCAAAAAAAAAAGGAAUAUGAAUUCGAGUUGAAAAAAAGGCAAAAAAACAGAGUUUUUAAAAAAAUUUAGUGAUCAGGAAUAUUAUGUUAGAAUAAAAUUCAAAAAUUAGGAGAUUAAAAUUUCCAAAAUGUUUUUUCUGACUGCUGUGAGGUUGCAGGUGAUUGUCGCGCCAUUUCCGAUGGUCAGUCUUAAAUAUCAUUUUUUUUUUCAUUUCUUUUAGUUUUUUCCGCUUGGAUAGUAGUAAUUAUAGUGCUUCGAUUUGUGUGUAACUUUAUUUGGUGUAGUACUACGGGAGUUCAGAAUGAACAUAACUUUUCUGUUUCAUUUAAUUUGACAGUAAUAUACUUGAGAAAAUGCAAAGGGAAACUUGAAAAGUCCGGCUUUGACAAUUUCUUUGGAUCUUUCGGAGAUGUACUCUGAAGAAUUUUCGACUGAGGAAACGUUAAACUUUUUUUUAGUCAAGUUUUAAUGCCCUAAAGCUCGUAAGAUGCCACUUAAGUGGAGAAAAAUAGGCUUUUCAGUGUUCAGUGUUUAUAUAGGACCAUAACUCGACUAGAAGAAAAACUUGUAUGAACUCUAGUGACCACUUAAGAAAUUCCGGAAGAAGUACUUAGAGAGGAUAUUAAAGUGGCCACUGAAACCAUUUCAAUAGAAACCACUCUAGUAGUUUUCAGUGAGGUAGACCUUUAAAAAGACCACUAAAUUCUAGCCACGUAUAUGGCCACUAAUUCGACAACUACCUAGACCUCUGAAACGUCAAAUCCCUAGAGUGGCCCCUAAAAAUUCCCCUAAAAAGGCGAUCAAUGUUUUUACGCGUUGGAAUAUUUCAAAAGCGAUUUCUUACAAAUUCUCAAAAUCGGGCUUUUUGAGCUUCCCUUGUAAGCUUCAAAGUCACGCCUCGUGCGAUGAUACGGCGAUGACGCGUCGUGAUUGCGCGAUUAUCGCGCGCCUUCUUCAUUCUUAACAGUCUUUAACUAUUUGUCGUCAGUCGACGGACAUCGGUGUCCGUGAAGGAGAAGAGAGGAAAAAAGGGCAAGAAAGUCCCCUCGAAAGUGCUGCUCCUGUUGCUGCUGCUGAUCCUUCCUUUCUCUGUGCAAACUCACUUUUGUACGUGUGCUCUGUGUGCAGUGUACUACAGGAUGCCUCGAAAGUAUUGAAAAAAGAAAGAAGCAUAGAUUCUCAAAGUAUUUGUGAAUUCAGAAGAUAGUAUGGUCUUUUUGCAACUAAACUCUCAACCUCGGGAAAAAUUUCUAAACUUUGAAAAGAAAAUCAAAGAGAGUAAGAGAACGGGUCUCAUAGGGAGGGAUACUUGAGAAAACGCUGAUUCAGAAUUUAUCGACAGGUCAAGUCAAGUUAUGGUAUCUCAAAGUUGAAAUCUACCUUGAAGUAGAUCAAAAGAAGGUUACAGCGUCUUUGAGGCUUCAUAACUCGAUUAAAUGAGAAAAUUUGUACUUUUUUUUUGAUUAAACUUUGAAUCAGCACAUCCGAAAGUACCUCUGUACAAAUUAUCAUCAAGUUCUGAUAUCCUGAACCUUUUGACCCAGAUCAGGGUCAGAAAUGCAUUUCGAAUUUCAAACAAAAUUUUUUCCACCUGUUCUUUAAAAGAAAAUUAAUUCGAGUGGACUCGGAUUAUUUGAUACCCGUAGUAUUAAAGUGAAAACGGUUGGUUUUCUUUUCGAAGUGUAUAAACUUAUCCUGAAGCUGGAAGGUUUGUUAUAAAAAAAACCUUGUUUCAAAAUCCCAAAAAAAAAAGUUGAACUACCCGUUUUUUAUCUUGGAAAUCGACUUUUGGCAAAAAUCAGACUUUCAAACAUUUUUAAAAAUAUUAUACCUUAGCCGAUUAGAAUUGAUUUUAUGGAAGCUUAGAGAGUUGUACUGAGGUGGCUAAGACCGAUUUCACUUCAAACCUGACUAAUACAUCAAAAAUUGUCCUUUUGACGAUACUUUCGAGCCACCCUGUGUAUAAAUGUGUGCGUGUGUGUGGAUGGGAGAAAUCUCCGGAAACUGAACAAUUUGGAAGAACAGAAUCGAGGUUUCAGUGGCCCCCGACGCCAUCAACCAUCAUGUGAAGACGUGCCGCGACAACUUGCGAUAUAUGCACUAUAUCGCUCCGGAAUAUGAAAGUAUGCUCCAUUGAGAAUAUGAGAAAAAAAAGGAAAUUCAGGCAGUACCGAGGUCACGCCAGCCGCCGACAUUUACUCGUUUGGCAUUUGCUCAUUAGAGGUGCUAGUUUUAAAAAAACUAUUGAUUUAGCAGGAAAUAAAGUGGUCCAUCAAAAACGGAAAAAAUGAUUUCGGACAAGAAUCCUCUUGAACUAGACUAAAAAUUGAAUAAAAUUUGAUGGCUUAAUGGCAAACUUUUUAAAAAGUUUCUGGAUCUACUUUCAAAUUUUUUUUUUGUUUUCACAGUUUUACGUAGUUCAAAAGGUAUAUAUUUCUUCUUCCCUUUUUUCUCUUAAUGGUAAUCCUAGUUUUUCGAGAGAAAGAUCGUUCCUCCAAAUUUUUGUUUGAGAAACCGGAAAUUUUUAGCCAUGCAGCGCAAAUGUAAGGGCAAAAACAGCCAUAAUCUUUUAUUCACCUUUUUUCGGCUUUGUUCGAAGAUGACGUUGUUUUUCUCAGAUCGCCGUGAUUGGAGGCCUUUCGGGAUGCCAAAAUGGUAGUUCUGAAGGUCCCGUAACCGAGGAAGUCAUCGAAAAGGCGAUAAAUUCGCUGGAAGAUCCCCUCCAGCAGGUUGAAAAUUUAUCAACUCCGUAGAAAAUUCCGAUUUUGAGGACUUUAUCCGACAAUGUCUGAGGAAAAACCCGCUGGAACGACCGACGGCCCGGCAGCUUUUAUUCCAUCAAAUCCUUUUCGAGGUACUUUUCAGAACCUCUAGAUGACUUCAUUCUUCUUUGACAAUUAGUUAUGAUUUAUUAUAUCCUUGAAAAAGAAAUAUGAAAAAUUCUUCAGGUACAUUCCCUGAAAUUGCUGGCGGCACAUGCGAUCGUCGACUCGAAACGCUACGACAACUGCUCGGAUAGCGUUUUCCGUAUACCUGACAAUGAUAAGGUAAGCCUGAGGGAGCACUCAAGGAAAAAAGCUGAGAAAAAUUGAUAAGUUUGCCGAAAAAAUACCAAGACAUCCUGAUAAAAAACUUUUUGAAAAUUUUUCACUUUUGGGAGUGCUUAGAAACCAUAGAGGUUAGUAUCACUUCGACUUGAGUCUAAAAUGUAAAGUUACAAAGUGAGUUGCGUCAAAAAUCAUUUUUGGAACGUUUUAUUAAAGCAUUUUGAAAAAAGAUCGAGGCGAUAAAUAGUUUCCAUUAUAUCACCUAAAAAAAUUAUUUUUUUCGGCCCAACAAAACUUCGUCUAUUACUUAUAAAAAAACUCUAAAAAAUCUCUCUCAGACCAUAUGAUCUCAAAUUAGACUUUUUCCAUUUUUUUUUUCUGUAGACUGUCAAAGCUACAAAAAGUCUGAUUUCUCUGCACUCUCUUUUCUCCCAGCGAGGGUGCCGUUUUUACGUUAGCUUUGCCCUAUUCAAAUCAAAAUGUUUUAUUUCUCACACACAAGUACUAAAUUUCCCGAAAUAGAUGUAGGGAGAGUUUUGGGAUCAUAUGUAUCGGAAAUAUGUGUCGGAACUAUGACUUUGUCGGGAAGAGAAAAGAGAGCGCAGACAGGUCAGACAGUUUCAAGUCGUGGCGUUGAGAUAAAACCAUUAGGCGAAGCAACUAUUCGUACAUCUUUCUUUGAAAUCUAUUUGAUUUUGGCUCCCAAGUCCUAUUUGACCUCAAUAGUUUUUGCAAGUAGAAAAAGGUCCGAAUUUGGAGAAGAAGCUUCUCCUUCUCUCUUCUCGCUAUGAUGCUGAUGAGGUGGUGGUGGGGCUCUCGCGCACCAAACCCAAAAUCUUGUGGGUCAAUAUUUGACCAUCGACUAUCCCCUCGCAUCCAUCCAUCCAUACGUCCACUUGACGUGACCCCCCAACACAACGAGUCGCGCUUCUUCUAAGCGUUUAAGUUGUGUGAUUGAGUCGGCUUGAGUUAUCAGUUGAAAAUCUGAAUGAAAGAGAUCCAAGAAAAUAGUCUCUCAAUUUGGCCCUCGAAAAAUUGCCUCAUAACUACAGAAACAAGAACAAAUUCGCUUGCAUUUUUGCUUGAGCAGCCAUCAGAGGCUUGAGUUAUGGGUUGAUGAAGAAAGUCUACGGAACGUGUCUGUAGAAAAAAAAAAUCAAGAAAAAAAGUUUUUUUGAAAUCAAUCAUUGCAAAAAAAGGUUGCUAUAAGAAAAUAAAAAUCAUUAAACAGAAUAUUAUGAAAUCCAUUCAAAAUAGCUCUUCGUAUAUCAAGAAGCACAGCAAAAGGCUUUUUUGCUUAUCACGUCACGCCUCUCUAUGACGCCUAAACGGCGAGCCAAUCAAAGAAUUAGCGAGAUAGAGCGCAUUUGCUGAGUUUGAAGAGCAUUCCGACUUGAACUAUGCCCUUUAAAUUAGUAUUAUGAAAAAGUGAAGUGAACAAUUAAAAUUAAGGGUUUCAAUAAAAUUGAGGAAUCAAAGAAUUGAUCUGAAAAGAGUAUUUUUAUUGAUGAAAAUGGUCGAAUCAAACAUUGCAGGUGGCAGCGACGUCGAAGCUUCGCGAAAUGGCCUACUGCCAAGUGGCGGCGUUCCAAUUGGACUUGGAGAAGUUCCUGGACGACGUCCGCAACGGGAUCUAUCCGUUGACGGCCUUCGCUCCUCUGGCCCAUCAACCAUCGGCCACUCUCAAGGCCUAUUCCAAUGUAUGUGGUCAACUUAAAAGGGCUCUCUCCAGGUUGAAGUCACAAAAGACUGAUUUCAAAACUUUUUGGCUUACUUUCAUGAAACUUUCCGUUCUGGAAAGAAAGAAAACAAGUAUGAAACGAAUUGAAAAGGCAUAAUGAACUGAAAAUCUAGAAAAAAGAUUUCGAAAAUACAAAUUUUAAGAUCAUAAGAAGCUGAAAUCCCCAAAAAAAUAAAAAAAUUUUUUUCAAAAUACCUCCAUCACUUUUCGCACGUUGAUGCUCCUUUUUUCCAGGAAAAGAAAAGUUUGAUUCUUAUUGGUUUUCUUUUCCUGGCGCUUCGAAGUAUUCAAUUUAUUUUUCGUGGAGCAAAAAAUAAUAUAUUCCUUCAUUUUGAGACGUGAUUUCUUCAUUGGUCCUUUUUCUAGAAUUUGAAAUAAAUCUUAUUUGUGUUUUAAAGCACUUUACGCUUUUAAAAACCUUUUAAAGCACUUUGAAUAAAUUGUGUUUGGAUACUUUGCGUUCUUCCAAACUCGAAACCUCUGAUUUCUUUGCGCUUUCUUUUUACUCGGCAAUAUUGUUGGCUUAACGGGUCGUUUUCAAGUUUCUGAGACCUCGUCGGUGAGAGAAAAAGAGGCGCAGAGAGUUCAAUUUUUUUGUCAUAAAAUUAUGAAAUUUCUGUUUAUUUUUGUAAGGCCUUUCCUGUCUGAAGGAUUGUAUGAUUAUCCUUUUUUUGAAUUUUUUUAAUUGUUUCUACUUUUUUUCAGAACACCCAACUGCCGCCGGUUCCGAUCCCAGUCGACGUGCCUUUACUGCCGCCGGUGACGACCAUCUCCCGCUCCUACACGGCGCCGGACAUGGAGCUGACGACGAGCCUCGGAAGCAACGUCAGCGCCCCCAGCAGCAACAGCAACACCAACAGUUCUGGGGCUUCGAUCGUGGUGGCGAUCGCAGCGCCGACGACCGCGCCGAGUCCCCCGCCGAUGAGGGACGACGAGGAGCUCAAGGACGACGAGCACACCGAGAGCCGUCACAUCCGUCUAAUCACUGUCUCCGUCGAGAACGAGUGGGUUUUGUAAAGAAUAGUCAUGUAUUCACAUAUCCGUGUGAAUAUUUUACUUUGGUUUGAAAUUUAUAAGAAAUCUGAGAGAAUUUUUUAUGAUGGACUGAAUAAUAGAUUGGUAUCGAAUCAAAUCAAGGUUGAUUUUUAAAAAAAUUUCUUUCUUGAGUAUACCUUUGGUCUCCACUACCCUUCAAAGAAAAAGUUAGCACAAUUCGUGGGAAAAUUCAAACAGAUAAAAUUGGAAAAUUGUCUAUUGAGCGCAUUUGACAGAGUCUAUCAGCUCACCGAGAACAAAAAUCCGAACACAGGAUCUUAAGCUUUUUCUUCGGUAAGCUCACUUUUCCAAGCUGAACUGUCAUUAACUUUUGACUUUUCAAUGUAUUGUUUCUCGAUUCCAAGUCCCUUCAUUGAAGCAAUUGCAGCGAACUGACGGUCGUCAUGUUCCUGGAGGACUUGAUGAAUCGGCAGUUGACGACGAACCUCGCCCCGGACGACACGGCCGAAUCUUUGACCGCCAAUUUGGUUCUUCAUGGCUUCAUUUGUCAGGUUCGUAUUAACUUUCAAGGUCAAAAAGACGGAGUGAUUAUUAAUUUAUAACAGCAUUGAUGAAAAAUACAGUUAAGGAAAAAAGCUGUCAAAAUAGAUCGGAAAAAAACUGCUUGGGAAAGUAAGCUCCAAUAACAACAAAAAAAAAUUGACAAUAAAAUGUUUUGCUUUGCUGAGUUUCUUAAUUGAGAUUUGAGAAAAAAAAUCAGAUUUUUCAAAAAGUUCAAGUUAGCCGUAGAGCGCACUCUCAUCACGACGGCUUUUUCUGUGAAUAAUAUCUGAAGAAAAGUUCUUCGGGCCGAAAAAAAGAGCUCUAACUUGAGGAAAAUUGGAAAAAAAAACCUAGAGUGAAAGUUUUAUACUCUUAGAGCGCGCCCACUUUCCUAGUUAGCAAAUUUAGAUGAUCAAUUUAAAACAGAAGAAAACGUCUUUAGAUUCCUUGGAAACUUUAAACUUAAUCCAGUGAAACUGCGAGCGAAACCAUUCUUUGUUUAGAAGGCUGAUCAUUUUUAUUCUAGGAAGACUCGCUGGGCGUCGAGGAAGUCAUCGAAGAAGCCCUACUGACCCACGAACGCGACAUGGAGGUCUUCGAAGAGGCGAAACGACUGCGGGCACUGACUUGCGAAGGCCAGCCCGAGCUGCUCCCGCCGACGUCUUCAGUAUCCGCUUCGAUGACGAGCUCGACGUCGUCCUCCUCGACGGUGACGCUGACGUCGGCGGCGCCCAAGGAACGGAGUCCGCCCACUUAAGGGUCUUAGAGAGAGGGGAAGGGAAAGGAAAGGGGGAGUGUCGGCUCUCAAGAGACUCGAGCCGAGUUUGAUUGUGUUGGGGCGGCGGACUGUGCAUAUACUGGCUGUCCUUUUCCUUCCUCUCUUCCUUCUUGACCCGCCAACGAAUUCUGAGCUUAUUCCCCCCUUCUGAUUGAUACAAAACUCUACUAGUCACUGUUUUUUUUUACUAUUAUUUUUCUUCUUCCUUACUGUUUCCCAGUUAUUAUUGUCCCUCGUCCGGUCGUGAUGCCGUCGCGGCUGUCACUCGUGCUGCUGACGCUGUCGGUGACGUUCGGCGCCGCCAGCGCUCAGCACGGCACCGUCGGCCGACCUUGCGAGGUCUCCACCGACUGCGGCACCGGCAAUUACUGUGCCGGCAACAAGCGCUGCGCUUGCCUCACCACCUAUGUUGAGAUUGAUUCCUACUGUUGGCGAAGUGAGUUUUCCAUUUUUUCUUUUUCUUUACCCUUUCAGUUCAAUGCUUGCUUUAUUCAGUUCACUCUUUCUCUUUUUCCAUCAUUUUCUCAUUCUUAUGGAUGUGGAGUUUUCGCGCUUUCCAUUAAAGUUCCUAUCGAAACCGUUUGGCUAGGCUCUUCAGCUGAACUUUUGAGUUACAGUGCCUUUUAGCAAAAAGAACAAUUUUCCGGACAGGACCAUAACUGUUGAUUUGUGCUCAAAAAUGCGUCCCUUUAUCAGAAUCUUGACUUCGAAUAGAGGAACCAACGACUUUUCAAAUUUUUAAGAAGACUUUUUAGAUCCUCGGUUAAAGUACCUCCCAAUGAAAAUAAAAUUCGAUUUCCGCGCUGAAACUUCGAAAUUUCGCUUUUCGUAAAUUUAUUUUUUCAAAAUUCAAAACGCUUUUGUGUGACCUCUCAAACUGUUUUUUAAACUUUUUCUCAAAAAAUAAGUUUUGACGCGAAAAUCCCACAUCCGCUAUGUUUUCAUUGAUAGUUGUAUUUUCGAAUUUUCUUCUCGAGUUCGAAACGUGGCUGAACCUUUUACCCGCACUUCCUGUAUGGCGGAAAGUCCGACAAAUAGUUCAACCCAACUAUUUGCUCACAUAAUGUCCGCCGUUCGUGACCACCCACGUUUCCAACUCGAAAAAGCUUCGUUUUGAUGAUUUUUUGAACUCAUCAGAACGCAAAAUUCAUAGCUAUAGGUUAUCAUAUUUUAUCACUGGUGGGACUCGAAUUGCUUUAAUUCCCAGCUUUCUUGGACUUUUGAUUCGAUUCCUACCAAAUCUCGAUUUUUGUACGAGAUUUUAUUUCCCAUUUUUAGGCCUAUAUUUAUACGGUUUCCCCAUUGAACUUCCCAUUUCUAGCCACUUUUUGACGUUUUUUUUUUCCUUUUUUCGCUUGUUUUUCAUCAAUUCUAUUCGAAUCCUGUGUAAAGUGCCAUUUUCUUUUGUAAUAUUAUUGCUGAAAGUAAUACAACGACACGCGAACCACUUUAGUGCUUUUCUCAUGACGGCUGUGUUAGUCCCAUUCUUCAUUUUUUGAUCUUUAUUCUCGAAAAAUCUUACUCGUUACACGUUUUGGGUUGUAUCCCCGCGGGUUUUCUUCAUACAAUUCUUGUAGUCAUUCGCUUCUCUUUAAUAUAUGUUUUAUUUUUUCUUUCCUUUUUUGCCGCUUCAACGUGGUUUUCUUUUUUGCAAUGCACAUAAAAAAUUCAAAAAUUAAAAAAAGUUGUUGAAGAAAUAUUCUCCACUAGGUGGAGUCGUUAAAAUAUUAAAAUAUCAGCUAAUUCGAAAAAGAAAUCAAAAAAAAAAUUUUCAAACGUUUUGUCCUUUUUUUCCGAUGAAGCUAAAAUCACAAAUUUCGAUGCACACAUUAUUUGAACUUCUUCGAGCCUAAAUUUUAGCCUCACAUCACGAUUUUUCAACUUCUUGCAAAAGAAAUAUUAUAUUUUUCUUGAAGCCCUGGAAAUUUGAUAAAAAAGCACUUUUUAGAUGAAGUUUAGAUGAAAUACUUAGAUACGAUUAAUCUAUAAAAGUUGAUUUUUUUUUCCGCAGAGAUAACUAUGUAUCAAGUUCGUGUUCAAGUUAUGCUUGAGAUGGUUCAGAAAAUACUUUUCAUCACGAAAAUUAAAAUUUUCAAACGUUAAAGUGCUGUUUUAAUUUUCAAAAUAAAUCUUUUUGAAGUUUGUCUGCCCUUUUUGUUAUUCGAGUUUGGUAAUACUUCGAGGAAUUCUGAAGUUGUUCUACUAAACAGGAUUUGAGUGUGAAAGUCUUGAAAAUUUGUUAUUUAUGGACCAGAGCCAUAAAAAACAGAAAGUCAUUGACAUUUUUGUGACAAAAAUGUUUUCAAAUACAUAAAGUUACUUUUUUUAAUUUAAGAUUCUUCUUUUUUUUUUGCUCACCGUGAACUUGAAGUUUGGAACCUUGAUCAAUGAACGAACUGUAAAAAAUAACUGUAACAAUAUCUUUUAUCCCCACUAACUUUCAUUGAAUCCACACAUUUUAUGUCCCUUUUUCAACGUUUUCAUUGUCAGAAAUCAAUCCGGGAGAGUCCGGAUGCACACAAAACCGACAAUGUGAAGCGGUUUGGCCUGGCGCCUACUGCCGGUCCGGCGAAUGUCGAUGUGCCAACAAUCAGCCUCCCUUCAGGACCAGGGAUGGAUUGGUACGAGUCAUUUUAUCGCAUUAAGAACAACCUUUUAGUGUGAAAUUUUGAAACGCCAAAAAAAUCCUAACUCUCCAAAUUUAAAUAAUUUUUUUUCACUCUCUGACGGCCAUCCUGAAUUAUGUGAUAUCACUUCAAAAAGGUAUAAGUAACACACAAAAAGAGAAAGAACUUUUUCGGAGAAAAAAAAUAUAAUAUCGUGUUUUGGAGCUUCGUAAAACUUCAGAAGCGUGUUGCAAAAGUGCGCUCUGUUGAUGACAAUAAUUUUUUCACAUUUUCGGAAUUUUCCUCAAUUUUGUUUGGUACAGUUUGGAAAUUCAAUUCAAUUUGAUAAUUAGAUGGAUUUUACGAGAUUUUUUCUUUAUUGUUAUAUGUUUGAUUUGUUUUUUUCACGGAAGAAUGAUUAAAUUUAACCGAUUUUUCUGAGAAAUAUUUGCCAAAAAAACAAGAUUACUCGUUUUUUUGUCCACCUGAGGGAAGGAUCUAUUGAUUAUUUUUACAUUUUGAACUUUUUAUAACAUGUUGAAUCAAUAAAAAUAUCCAUUUAGGUUUGCUUGAACUACGGCUUCUGUCCGCUCAACGGUAACAAUCCCAAGUUCCGCAUCGAGAACCAGGUUCAACAAUGUUACGGAGGUUGGUUUAAAAGUGAUAUGAGAAGAAAGCUUUUAUACGGGUAAAGAUCCCCUCUCAAGGAACUUACGAAAGAACAAAGUUUAAUUUUACGGUCCUAAAGAGGCGAAAAAGUAUUAUUUCUAAGAUCCUUUUCCUAAUAUUUCAAGAGUAAUCACCUUUUUUCGGCGUUCCAUUCUCUCUACUCCCGAAAAUAUUUUAACCUUAUUUAAAACAUUCCCGAAACUCCAUGAAAAGGCGCUAGGAACGCGCUUCAAAAGCUCAUUUCCAGGUACUUUUACACUCCGCCCGUGUAGUCCGUUUAGAGAAAAAAGAUUCUCGAAAUUCUGCAAAACUGAAUGAAAUAUGACUUGUGUUUGAAGGAGCCGACGCAACUUGCGAGGCGAUCGGAGCUCUCGCCUACGAUUGCAUUUGCGAUUCCGACGAUUGCACGGUCAACAACCCGAUCAGCUUCUGUUGUCCCAGCAGAGGUUCGAACAUUCUCAGUUUUCACCUUUCUUUGCGAUUUUAGGUUACAGUAACCGAAUAUAAUCAGUUGAUUGUUUCAAAAAAUCUCGAGAUAUACUUUUUGGUACAAUUAGCUCUUAGUGUUGUUUAUGGUUUGAGGGGGAAAUUUGUUAAAGAAGGUUUUUAGAGCCGUUUUUUGCGUUGUUUUCAGUUGUGAUUGAAAUUUAGGCUAAAACAUUUCUGAGUUUUUUUCCAAGUUUGAGUCGCUUUUUUUUGAAGUUCACUAUUCCAUUAUUGCGCCAAAUUUUCCGAUUUAUCUCUCCGUUCAAAUGCCAAAAAAUGUUUGACUCGGAUUAUUUAUUUUGAUUAACUUUCGUUUUUGUUUUCAAUCUUGUUCUAUCAUUUUUAACAAAUCUGACUUGGUUGGAAAAAGUUGUGAUUCAGCUUGGAAUUUCCUAUGGUUUUUUUAUUCAUAGGAAAAUGGGAAAAAGAACCUUUUUUUCCUCCAAAGUGAACCUAAUGCUGCAUUGCUACGAAAAAGAACCUCAAAAAUAUCUUUUUAAAUAAAUUAUUUCUGUGUUUUUGAGGGGUUUUUUUCUGAUUUUUUUGAACUACGGUAGCCUAACUAGAAAAAAAUUUUUUUCUCUUUUUUUAUUAUCUAACAAAGCACAGUUUCAUAGCUAUCAACUUUUUUUGGUCACAAAAAAAUUUUUUUGCAGGGAUCUUCCGCCCAUCUCUGCUGCCUUUAUUUUUCGUUAUUAUCAAAAAAGGUUUCUCCCUGCUAUCAUUUUUUUUUUCCUCCUUUUUUAAUAUUGUUUCUUUCAGCAUUUGCCUGCAUCCAACCGCCGAACGAGGGCUACACCCCGCCAGGCGGCGGCACCACUCUCAACCAUUGGUACCACGAUCCCAUCACUGGAGAAUGCCGUGAACUCAAGUACCAGGGAUACGGUAUCAUCCUCAACUCCGUUCAGAACCAUUUUUGAUUUUUUUUUUUCAGGCGGAAACGCCAACAACUUCCAGACCAAGGACCAUUGCGAGUCCUACUGCAAACAGAGUUAGUUUGAAAUCAACUCACUGUUUCAGAUAUGAAAUAUCAAAUCUAGAAAACCCUGGAAAAAUGAUCCCCCCAUUCAAAAAUUCACAAUUUUCAAAAAAGGUUCAAAAUUUUCAGCACAUUUUACAGAAGUAAUUUUGAUUUCUUAGUCUGUUCAGAUUUUCAAUGUUAAGUAAAAGGACGUUAUUCGAAAACGCUCUGUGCAUGGCUCACUCUCUGAUUGGUUUAUCGCGCCUUAAGGGCGGAGCUUGAGCGACGACUUGAAAUUCGAAAUCUGAAGACUAGAAAAAAUGCUGAAGAUUGAAAAAUCGACAGAAAGAAAAAUCUUCAAAAGAGACUUUCGUUGGAUCAUUCUAGAAUCCUUUUCUCAGUAGAAGCGGAAUAAUUGUUUGUUAUGUUAUUGUCUGGGGCUGUAAAGCUAUUUCUCAACCGCUAAUCGGAUUUUUAGCUCUUUUAAAUACAAUUUUCUGCCUCUAUUUCCAUGUCUUCACUGUUCGCAAUGUAUCACGUAAGAUCUCAAAUGAUUUUAGGUUCUGAAAGACUUUCAGCGAUUCUAAAUGUUACCAGUAUCCAAUAAUUGAAAGUUUUCAGCCUGCAACCGAGGACUGCCUCUGUACCGAGACCGCACGACGGGCGUCAAGCAGGAGCCCGUCUACUGCCAGGGCAACGACAACGGCUGCAACAACCCCAACUACCAGUGCACCACCAUGGGAACCCUCCAGCAGUGCUGUCCCACCUACCGUAAGCCUUCUUCUUUUCUGUCCAAAGAUUCUCAAGGAAUACCAUUUUACUUUGAGGUUUUUCUGAAAGCUCGCCCAGAAACUUCUAGAAAAUAGAUCAGAGUCGUUCCCUUCGCUAACUUCCAUUUUUUGAGAUUCUUAUUUUCAAAUUUGCCAAUCAUAAGUUUCAGCCCCAACUUUUAAAAUUCAUAUCUCAAAAACUAACCGGUUAGAUUUCCUAAUCCAAACCUUCAAAAAGCUUAUCCAAUGCGCUCCAAGGAGUUAGUCCAAAUUUUAAAAAAAAACACAAAAAGAAGGAGAAGUUCAUGAAAAUUAUCCAUAGAGCGCAUUUUCUUCAAAUUUCUCAUUCUUGGCUGAAUUUUCCGAGCUCUUUUCUGUGUAAGGUCAAAUAUUCUGGGCUGAAAAUUGUUCUAGUAGAAAGGCUCAAAAUACUGAAACCCAGUUUUUGGAAGUUUUCUUACUCUACAGUUUCAUGGAUUUUAUCUUAUACGAUUUUGAAAAAUAGAAGGAAAAUCCAUCCUACAGUAACCAAAGUGUCACCUUUAAGUCGGAUUAGAUGUUUUUUUGGAAGAGGAGGAGAAUAGAAAGUAUUUCAAUUUUCCACAGUAACUUGAAUGUACUUUUUAAGUGUUCAUCUGCUCUCGCAACGGAGGAAUCCCCUCCGAGGUCUACAACACGGCUGGCGGCCUGCCAACCGAAUACUUCGACGUCGGAAUCCCCGACGGCUCCGGCAACACGUCGCCCCGGUUCUACUACGACUCGCGGGAAGGCCGAUGCAUCCAAUUCUCGGUUUGAAUCGAGUUCCCAACGAGUAUUUACCGUCUCUUUCCAGUAUCUCGGACAAGGAGGCAACUUCAACAACUUCCUGUCUCAGGAUCACUGCGAGAAGUUCUGCUCGCGGAGUGAGUUUUUUUUUUUUCGACAUUUCCAUGUCAUUCUUGCCACUUUCGGAUGAGUUGAAGUUUGAAAACCAGCCUAAGCUCUACUAUUUGUUCCUUAGUGCUUUUACAAAAAGAGAAAGUUUCAAAAUUGAACUUUUUUUCUUUUUUUAAAAAAAUUUAUCUUAAAAUUUUUAUCAUAUUUGGUCUAGAAAUUGAGUAAAAUUGAUCAUCAGACAAAAAAAGUUUUUUUAAACAUCUUGAAAAAAAUUCAAAAAUAGUUAUUCCAGUGCUUGCUUUUAAUUUAUCCUCAAGUUUAGCUCAAUUAGUUGUCUUUCAAAAAAAAGAACUAUAUUUAAAUUUCAAUACUUUGUGUGGUUUCGCUCAUUAUUGUUCAAAAAAAGAAUCACGAAAAAAACUUCGUUUCUAAAAAAAUUUUUUUAAUCAUAAUUGAGUUUUUUUGCAAUUCUAAGAAUAAAUGGUAUUUAAACUAAUUAAACCUAAAUUAAACCUUUUUUUCAUUCACUACUGAACUUCUGUUAAAAAUCUUUUUUUCUUAUAGUCACCUAGGUAGCCAGUUAGAAUAUGAGCUUUGCCGAUUUUUAUUUCUUUAAAAAAGCAACGUUUCGAGGAGAAUACUCACUAUCGCUGACAUUAUAUUUAACAGUGAAAAUUAUUUUUUUAUCAUUGUAUUUUUUUGGAGGAUAGAAUACCAAACGCUAAUUUCAAACCGCGAAGCCUGAUAGAAGACGUUUGAAACGGGGAGUUAUUGCAGUUCUCUGCUCGGCCGGCGAACCGCUCAAGGACUCGUCGGGCGAGAGGAACAUGGAGUGCUCGCCGACGGGAAGCGGCGCCAACUCGUGCCCUUCGACCCACUCCUGCGAGAGCACCAGCGGGUCGACGACCUUUGGAGGCGUCUGCUGCCCACGUCCGCAGUACGUGUGCAAGUUGCCGCGCGAGCAGGUUUGCAAUCCUUUUAUGCUGACAAGUCCCAGCGGGUGUCUUUUUUCGAGGCUUUUCGAGUUUCAGUAGGACUAAAACCGGUAAACGUGUAAAGAUUACCCAGCUGUGUGUAUUUCGGAAGUCUGAGACGCAACCUUGCUAAAAGGGUUCCUCAGCUGGGGAAAAAAGAUUCAAAAGUUCUAGCUGUUCUUAUACGGGUACGCCCGCUGAGAGCCCGUGUUAGCACUACUGUGCUUCCAAAUGACUUUUAAAUUUACAAGUGACAAUAACGAGAAGUAGCCUCGUUACUUCAUUUUGCAGUCUAGUCUUUGAAUUCCUUGAUCUUUUGAUGAAAAUUGGCUGAAACUUUCCGCCCGAUACGAAAUAUAGGUCUCCAACUACCAGUUUUGCAACAAGUAUCUUCAUUACAUGUGUAUUUUUAUCUUGACUUGUAGAUAAUUUGGAAAAUUUUACCUUUAUGAAAAGAGUUUUCUUCAUUUCGGCAAGUCUUCUCAAGAAUUUUCCUCUUUGAUGUUUUCACUUUUUAAUUUUAUUAGACUUGGCCCUUGUAGAUUUCCAUUUCUUCUUUUUCGUAUAAAAGGAAUGAUAUGUAGGGCAACUGCGGAACGUACUCGAACCGGUGGUGGUUCAACGCCAAGACGGGCAACUGCGAGGAGUUCAUCUACUCCGGCUGCCAAGGCAACGCCAACAACUUCGAGACCUACAAGGAGUGCCAGGACUACUGUCGCGAUGCCAGAAGUGAGUUGGAAGGGGCUCGUCAUCAACAAGAUGAUACAAAUCCAAACCUGAGGCGCCGAACGAGUCUGCGCUUAAUUAGGUUUUUUGAGAGAAAUAUUCAGUUCAAUAAUUUAUUAAUGACUUCUUUUUUUUGCAAGGAGAAGUAGAAAUUUAGAAGACAUAAGAAGUAGGAAUCUGAAUGAAAAAGGUAUGAGAAGUGGAAAUAUUUAAAAAUAAAAUGUAGGAGAAGUAGAAAUCUCAAAACAUUUUUUUCCACUUUUCUCAAUUUCUGAAUGUCAAAAAACCUUGAUGGGAGUAUUUUUUAACUGGCCUGUUGUAGGUAUCUACUAAGGGAUGACAACUGGUGAAAAAGAAAAUGAAGGAUUUAAUUUACCCUUGAAACGUAGGUGAAGCUGACGAUCACUAAGGUUUUGAUUUUCGGGAAACUUAUCAAACUUAUUUUCUUAGGUUUAUUUGGGGUUCAUUCUAGAAAUCUAGUUGGAUUCAAAUCGAUUUAAGAAAUUGUCUUUUAUAGAUGAUACAGUGCUGGUCUAUCCAGAAGCAGGGUUCAUAAGGAGUGUUUGAAAUUUCGAAAAUUAAGCUUUGAAAGAUUUUUUUUUUUGCAAGUUUUAAUACUUUGCAUAUAUGAUUAUAAAUAUAAAUAAUAAAGACAUGAAUCAAUAUAAAUAUGAAUCAGUAUAAAGUAUAAACUUCUAGGCGAACCUCAGUGCAUCCAAGGGACGGCGCUCACCGAUUCCAACGGCAACUUCAUCAUUUGCGGCGGAUCUUCGGCCGCCUCGACGACCUGCCCCGCCAACCACUACUGCUACUACGACGGCACCACCUACGGAUGCUGUCCGACUCAAGGUACAUCCGAAAAAUCGCCAUGCAUUUCACACUUACCAUCGACUUUUCUGAAUUGAUUAUAGUCCCGAUAGCCUCUUAAAAAGAGAACUCAGACGUUGGAUUUGUAGAAAUCGCUUUCAAACCAAGAUUUUAGUUGGAAAUUGAACCUGGCUUACUUUCCGAAGAAAAAGAUCCGGAAAAUGGAAAAAGCAUAGAAGUUCCACUUUUUACUUGUGAAACAUCAGAAUCUUGUUCUUAGAAGUUGAAUUGUAUCGGAUUUUUAGUGAUAAGGGGAGGUGAAGCUUAGAGCAAUGAAACUAAAAUUUCUUGUUUUUAAGAGUACGUCUCCUAGAUCCACUAGUUGUACUAGAAUCUUGUAGUAAAUUGAAACUGAUAACUUUGGCGGGAAAAUGGCUUCUUUCAUGGCUUUCGGAAGAAAUGUGAGUCUUUUCCCGAACUUUCCUAUCUAGAAGCUUCCAAAAGAUCAUUGAAAUAUUUGAAAAAUAACAUUUUUCAGCCUACACCUGCUCCCUGUCCUACAAAUCUGGAGCUUCCUGCGGUCCUGCCGUCACCCGCUGGUACUACGACUCGACGACCAGAACCUGCCAGACCUACUCUUUCAACGGCUGCGACGGAAACUCGAACAAUUUCGCCACGCAGCAAGAUUGCAAAGACUACUGCCGAGUGGAGUCGUGUCCCGACGGCGGCGAGGUCUGGAAGGAGCAAAACGGGGCUGCCCGGGCCUGCACCACCAACCGACAGUGCCCGUCGACCCACUACUGCACUCCAGUCACCACUUGGACCGGUUGGUUUGGUUGGGAAAAUUGGGCGAAGUAGUUUAGAAGGGCCUUGAAAAACUAACCAGACUGAGAGGAAUGGUAAAGAAACUAGAGAGUUAUCAAUUUUGAAAGUUGAACUCAUUUGGCAAGACAAAUUCAAAAAGAAAAGCUAGAAGUUUAAGAGAAACCAAAAAAGUACUGGGUUUUGUUUAGUUUUUAGCAUUCAUUUUGGAGCGCGGACAAAGGUCUUUCGAAUUUCCACAGCCCAAAGCUUUAGUGUUCUAUUCUUUCAAAGCUACUCUGUCAAGUUCCGCCCGAAUCCCUUGGAAAUCAGUUAUGACUGUGAGAUUGUUUCCAGGAACCGUCUACCAGACCAAGUCUCUGUGCUGCCCUUCGAAGAACUUUGUCUGCUCUCAGCCGCGUGACGUCGGCGUCCGCUGCAGCAGCACCCGAAUCUCUCGCUGGUACUUCAACGCCGACUCCAAGACGUGCCAGACCUUCGAGUACAACGGAUGUGAAGGUUCUCUCCGAACCGAUCUGCAGAGCAUCAAGAAGGACUCUUUCCAGGAAACCGGAACAACUUCGCCUCGCAGAAGUCCUGCCAGAACUACUGCCUGUCGGAGGCUUGUCCACCUGGAACCGUCGUCGCCAAGGACGGCGACGGCAGUCGACUCGUCCAGUGCAGCAAUCCUGGUAAGGACGACUUUGGAAAAUUGGAACACCUUUUUCUUUCCACUGGUCUUUUUACUUGGUGGUCGGAAUUUCUUUGAAAGUUGGCCAGUAUACUUCUUGCUACACCUUUUGAAAGAAAUAUUUCUUAGUUUUCGUAAAGUGAUGGCUCAACGUUUUAAAAACAGAUUUUGAAUUUUCAUGCUUUGCUAGAUAUCUUCAAUUUGUAACGAUGAAAACUGCAGGAGGCAACGGACGGGUCUCCGGCGGCUGCCCUGAGGGCUACACUUGCUAUUCGUCGCCACUUCUUGACCAGAACGUCUGCUGCGGCGCCAGCACCGAACUCCAGUGUUUGUUAUCGUUUCUGACAAUCAGGCUUGUGCAGGGCCGGCCCGUCGGUCCAUCGCCCUAACACCUUUUUUCUGACCCCGGCACGGCCUUAGCCUGACCUCAAGCAAAAACGGCCGUCUCGACCAAAAGAGCCCAAAUUCCCUUCAAGUCAAAUAUCAGAAUCUUUUACGACAAACAUCAUUUUUAGGCUUUAUUUUCGAUUUAAUUACAACAAAAACUAUGAUUUAAUAAGUAAAAAACAUUUUUGAGGGAGUUUAAUGAUUUGAUUCAAAACCUGACCUGAUUCUCAACAGGCUUUUUUGCCUAGAAGGCGACCUAAAGCCCGGGCCGGCCCAGGCCUGACGCGCAAGUCUGCUGACAUCUUCUUGAAGUUCAACUGGGGACUUUUCAGCCCUUUGCCCGGCUUCCUCGACGCCCUUCAUCUCGGCGCUUUCCCUGCAACCCAUGCAGUGCACUCCGAAUGUCGAUGGCGCCUGCCCUGGUAACUUCUUCUGCUGGUCGGUUUUUGAGAACAGAAAAAGAGAGGGAUAGGAAUUUUGAAAAGAUAUUAAUACUCAGGACGAACAGAACUGAUCCUCAAAUGUUUUUAUUUGUUUUGAAAAUUACUUCAAAAGCUCACUUUCUUCUCAUUCAGAAAAUUUAUUCUUUAGAAGAUUCUCAGGUGUCUCCGAUUUCGGUAAAUCGUUCGAUUGAGCGUUUUUAUAUCGGGUUUCUUCACUCAAAUACUUCCGCUCUGGAAUUUUUAUUUUUCGAGUGAAAUUAAUUAACAUUGGUUAUUAUUUUCGAAUGUUCAUAGUCUCAUGGCUCGGUUUUUUUUGGUUGUGGGAAAUAUUGAUUGUCUCCGAUUUUCUAAAAAUUUUGCUUAAGACUAUUUUUUAUUCUACGAUAAUUUUUUGGAGUGCUUUUGAAAGGACUGCGACCUUGAAAGACAUUUUUAUUUGGCAAUUUUCACUAAUUUUUUCGAAUUCAUUACUUGACAAGGUUUUCGAACCCUGACUUUUUUCUGAAAAGGCACAGAUGUCUUUAAUAACUUUAGAUAAAACUAAAAACAGCUCUUCGCUUGGAGACCUCUUCGAAAAGUAUCGUGUGUGCCUUUAAACUCGAUAGCAAGUGUCAAAGAGAGUAGCAGGGGAAAUUAGAAAUGAGAUUUGUAUGGCCAAUAAAGUUUGUUUUAAUGGAUUUAUUCAACUUUUCACGUCCAUCUCUCAGGUUCUCGACCACCACGACCUCUGUGAACGCCUUCUACUGCUGCCGCUCUCCGGACAGUGUUGACACUGGAUGUUUGUCCCAAAAUUCCGAAUAUCUCACCAGAAACCAUCUUCUUCAGACUGCCCACCCCAACUCGUCCCGGUUCCUGGUGAGAACGGCGCCCAGUACAAGUACUGCUCGCCGUCGGCGCCGCUCAACGACGCGAUCCAAGGCUGCGGCGCCAACCGUCAUUGCCAGUUCAGCACCAAUUUGGAGCGGUAAGAGGUGUCGGCAGAAGCUCCUAGAACAGAGAAGUACAGGUAUAUCUGCUGUGGAUUGGAGUCCGACGUCCGGCUUCCCAACGUCUGUCCACCCCAGCCGGCCAACCUAGUUCCAGUGGAACUUGCUGGAAACUACCGAACGUGCAAUCCGUGAGUUUAUAAUAUAACCGUUAUAGAACAAAUAUACUAAAAAUUUAACUGAAGUUUUAGCCCAAUAAUGCAUGCACUAUUUCACCCCCAUGACUGCGAAGUUUCGAAAAAAAUCUUUAAAAAAAAUCUAAGCCUUUUUUUGAAUCAAUGAAUCCGUCUCAUUCCUUCAAAAAAUUAUUUUUCGAUCUCCAUUUUUCCGUCUUGAAGUCAGACAAAAUAUACUUCCUCACUGGCUUUUUUGGAUUCUUUUUUUUGUUUGCCCCUGGCGGAAGAUUUUUUUUCGCCUGAAUCAAACAUUCAAAAUCUUGUUUGUGAGCAAAGAGGAAUGCGUGGGAAUUCGUUGAAUUUUCUCUUUCUUGGAUCUUUCUUUUUUCGUUAAGAAAUGUGAGAAUUCCAAGAAAGGUUUAAUAUUGAUGAGUUUCUAGCGUCGAUGCAUAUUUUAUUUUAGAUCGCGCGGCAUUCAGUGGUCACAGGUGUAUUAUCAAACAGAACCAUAGCUUAAUAUUGAGCUAAAAAUUUAGUUGAUAGCCUUAUUUAAGAAGAAAUGAAAUAGAAGAGCAGAAAAAUACUUAUAUCUAAGCAAUAUUGGGGAAAUUUGAAUGAAAAAUUAAUAAAAGAACCUUGCAGUUCCACGUCACCUUAUUUUUUUUUUGCAGGGUUGAAGUUUUUCAAUUAAUUUUUGACAAGUCUAUGAUGUAAUGUAUGUGAAAAAAAUAGAUAGAGAUAAAUUAUCAAGUUAUAUAUAGAAAUAGUUCAAAGGGUAGAAUGACCUAUUCCUACGAUUUUAUAAAAAAUACGGGCUUUUUUCGCGAUUUCAAAAAUAAUUUCAAGUUUCCGGAUGUUCAGAAGUGUCUCAAUGGAUUAUGUAUUAUAAUCUUCAGAAGGAAAUAACUGAUAGGAAAAGUAAGUCAAUAAUUAUGGAUUUCACGUGGUAAUCUUCCUACUGACCAAGUUUUAGAACUUUCUUGAUGAUAAUCUCCCGAGUGAAAUCACUGAUGACAGGAUAAUAAUUUGGACAAACUGCAGGUACGCGCGCGCCGGCACUCCGCAGAGCUGUCCGGACAACUCGGCGUGUCUCUACACGGGCAACGACAACGGCUUCAUCUGCUGCCGUGUUCAGCUCGGCAGCGGCGGAGGAAAAGCUUGA